AAGAAGAUAUAUUCCCGGCACUUCGUUUCCCAACAAAUAUUAUUAAUACGGCGACGGCAAGCAUUCUUCAAGGAAUAUUCUGUUAUUCUACUUGUUGGCGAAGCGACAUGUAGUCGCCGUGGAGCGUCUGAUUUCGCUGCCGGCGGCUAUACUGGAUGGGGCGAGCUCACCCUUCCAUCGCCUUCCUCCUCCUCCUCUUCAUCUGCUUCCUGGUGAGCACUCUUGUCGCCUUGUCCGACAGCCGGCGCCAGGAUCCGCUUCUCCCCCUUCCGAACGCGAAUCCGCUCCGGUUCUCUGCUGACGGAUCGCCCUUCAAGAUCGCGCUCUUCGCCGAUCUCCACUAUGGCGAGAACGCGUGGACCGACUGGGGCCCCGCGCAGGACGAUGGCUCCGAUCGAGUCAUGUCGGCGGUGCUCGACGCGGAGGAUCCAGACUUUGUGAUCUAUUUGGGGGAUGUUAUUACUGCAAACAACCUACCAAUUACUAAUGCAUCCUUGUAUUGGGAUAGAGCUCUUUCUUUAACAAGAAACAAAGGGAAACCUUGGUCUACUGUGUUUGGCAAUCAUGAUGAUGCUCUAUUUGAGUGGCCAUCUGAGUGGUUUUCAGCCACCGGUAUUCCGCAGGUCAAUUGUCCAUCAGCAAAUGUGCCAUUUUCAGGAGAUACUGAUUGCAGUUUCAAGGGAACAACAAGAAUCGAGUUGAUCAGUACUGAAAUUAAUAAGAAUGUGUUAUCUCGUACCACUAGGGGUCCUAACACCCUUUGGCCUAGUGUUUCCAACUAUGUAUUACAAGUGUCUUCCUACAAAGAUCCAAUGCUUCCGGUUGUAUUUUUCUAUUUCCUAGAUUCGGGUGGUGGUUCCUACCCAGAAGUUGUAUCAAAGGCUCAGGCCAAAUGGUUCCAGAGGCAAUCGCAGGGGAUCAACCCAAAUGCCAGCAUUCCGGAGGUUAUCUUUUGGCAUAUACCAAGUAGAGCUUACCAGAAAGUAGCUCCUGUGCCUACUACUCAAAUUCAUACACCAUGUGUUGGUUCCAUCAACAAAGAAAAAGUGGCUUCUCAAGAAUCAGAAUGGGGAAUCAUGGAUAUCCUUGUAUCAAGGGCUUCUGUUAAGGCAGUUUUUGCUGGCCACAACCAUGGAUUGGACUGGUGCUGCCCUUACAAUAGUCUUUGGUUGUGCUUUGCUCGCCACACUGGUUAUGGAGGAUACGGCAAUUGGCCAAGAGGAUCAAGGAUCAUUUCAAUAGAUGAACAGCCAUUCUCGAUCACUUCUUGGAUACGAAUGGAGGAUGGAACUGAACACAGCCAUGUUGUCUUGACCCCUUAAAUUGCUAGGGUAAUUGCUUGUUUAAGGAGAAAGUAACUAAUGUUGGUUAUUAUCUUUGAUUGGUGGAUUUAAUUAUAAGUUAUGUAUAUGAGUACAAAUCGAAUAUAUUAAAGUGAUGUAACUUAGACUUAUUUGGUUUUGGUUAUUGAAUGUAGAUUUUAUA